UUCCUUUGUCUUGUCUCCUUCAUCCCUCAUUCUUCAAACCUCUGAGUUUUUAUUUCUUUCAAACCGUGUUCGCAUCUUCUCCAACUCACCAUUUUGUUUCUACUUCUUCUCUUCAACUUGUGUGUUCAUCUUCAAGAAAUGGCUGAACAACCGCAUCCGGUUCGUGAGUUUCAUCGAAGUCAUAAUCAAAUUGCAUUGCUGGACGUGAACGUUCGUGGUGGAGCCGCAUAUGCUGAUAUUAUUCAUUUUCUUCGAAAUUCAAGAAUUGGUUUCGCGAUUUCAGAAAAUAUUCAUCUAGUGCAAGCGUAUAUUGAUGAUUUUUGGCGUUCAGCUCGGGUUGUUGAUGAUACUAUCGAGGCCACUGUUUCUGGGAGUUCUAUUGUUAUCACAGAGGCGGUUAUUCGUGCGGCUCUCCGUUUUGGUAACUUAGAUCAUGGUAACACUUGCUAUGUGCGUCAAAUACGAGAACGUGGAGUUAAAUCCUUCGGCUAUGCUGAUUCUUUUGAUAAAAAGGAGAUCUCCAAGGCAAUGUUUCUUGGGCAGUGGAGAUUCUUCUUUCAUGUGUUGAUGCAGUGUUUGUCUCCACGAAAAUCGGGAACUGAUACAAUGAGUAAUGAUCUUGUGUCUGGGAUGAUUGGGUUACCUUACAACCAGCCAUACAAUUUCUCUCUAAUGAUUUUCCAAGCUCUCAAACACCAGAUCGGUCUGAAGGCAAAUGAUAAGCGAUUGAUGAUUUUGUAUCCUCGAUUCCUUUGUCUUAUCUUUCGACAUUUGUUGCCGAAUCUUUCAUUCGAAGGAACUUUGCCUGCGUACGCUUUAGCACCAAUGCCUAAUCGUAUCUUCACUGAUUGUGCGAAGGUUAACGGGUCCAAAAGAACUGAUGCACGUCCAGUUCCGACUUCCUUGUGUGGUGCUAUCCUUCAAGACAACUACAAUCCAGAAGCUGAUUUGCAAUGGUUAAACAUUAGAGAUGGUAUAGAUCACAUCUUUGUUGGAGAUACUCAAGAGCCCGUGGUUGUUCAACCUCAGGUUGAUCUUCAACAACCACUGGCUGUUAUUCCGGACCCUGAACCUGUUCAAGAACCUGUGAUUUCUGAACCAGUUGUUGUUACUUCUCUUCAAGAAGCUGUGUCUGCUCAAAUUCCAAUUUCUACGUCUUCGGCAACAGAGGUUGCUGUAGAAACUGAUGAUGUGAUUUUAGAGCUUGAUGCUGCUUUAGAUGCAUGUCCGUCCUCCCGUACAGUUGAAAAAGGGAAACGGCCUAUGGAGGAUGCUGUUGUGGAUGAAUUGUUUGAUGAUAUGCCAUCCGAAAAAGUAUAUCUUAGUUUAGUAUGAAAGAGCUUCAACAUCGUCUUCCACCCCCCGAAAGUAGAAAGCUUGAGUUAUUUCGAGCAAAGGUUGCUUCUCUCGGUCCCUCUUCGAUUGGGGUAUUCACCUAGCUAGAUGGAAUGACAAAGCAAAUGAUUUAGAUUCCAUUGUUUAUAGCUCUUCUGAUGAUGAUGAUGAUGAGGACCGUCAACGUCAUGUUUCUGAUACGGUUCGUGUCCCAGUUCCUUUCAGGGCAUAUAAGCGACAACGUGUCGCUGUUUCGGAUCUUCAGUCUUCUAGUCCGAUGGUUGCUUCAGUCUC